ACUAGACACUUGUCGCCUCCACACUGCUAAACCCUCUUUCUCUUCAGAGAAACGACACAGCUCUCUCUCUCUCUCCCUCUCGCUCGAGUCCACACACACUCCCGAUUUUCAACACAUUUUAUUUUUUAUUUUUGUUUACGAAAAUUAAAUACUACUGCCGAAAAUAAAAUUAAAAGGGCAAUCGUGAUUUGAGGUCAUCUGGGGCAAUCUUGAUUUGAGGUCAUCUGUGUCUGCUGCUGUUUAAAAAGAGACAUGGGAUCUCAUCUGAAUUACAAGAACUUUGGUGAUGCUCCAAGUAUGGAAGGAAACGGGUCAAAGCCACUGGGGAAUUUCCCAUUGGCUAGGCAGUCAUCUAUAUACUCAUUGACCUUUGAUGAGCUGCAGAACACCUUUGGUGGACUUGGGAAGGACUUUGGGUCAAUGAACAUGGAUGAACUCUUGAAAAAUAUAUCAACUGCUGAAGAGACUCAGGCUGUGACAACAGCUUCAGUUGCUGGAGGAGAAGGAAGUUUUUCUGGUGGGAAUUUGCAGAGGCAAGGAUCAUUGACAUUGCCGAGGACUCUGAGUCAGAAAACGGUUGAUGAAGUAUGGAGAGACUUGAUGAAAGAAAAUGAUGGUGCUAAAGACGGAAGUAAUGGCGGUGGUGUUGGUGGAGGAGCAAGUUUACCACAGAGGCAACAGACUUUGGGAGAGAUGACGUUGGAGGAAUUCUUGGUGAGGGCAGGUGUUGUAAGAGAAGAUAUGCAACAGAUUGGAAUGGCAAACAAUAGUGGAUUCUUCGGUAACAACACUGGUGUAGCUCUCGGAUUUCAACAGACAAAUAGAAACAAUGGCUUUUUGAGUAACAAUAACUCAGUUCUCAAUCAUCCUCCAAGGUUACCAUUGAACAUGAGUGGAGUCAAAUCCUCACAGCCACAGCAGCAGCAGCAGCAACAACAACAACAACAACCACAGCAACAGCAGCAGCAGCAGCCACAACCACUCUUUCCCAAGCAACAAACAGUAGCAUUUGCUCCUUCUAUGCACUUAAUGAACACUGCACAGCUUGCUAAUCCAGGAGUUAGGGGUUCAAUGGUUGGAAUUGGUGACCCAUCUAUGAAUAGUAAUCUAGUUCAGUCUACCGGGCUGCAGAGUGGUGGGAUGGGAAUAGUUGGUUUAGCAUCUCCUCCAAGCCAGAUAUCUUCAGAUAUGAUUCCAAAUAACAGCGUAGAUGCCACUUCUUUGUCACCAGUUCCUUAUGUAUUUGGCCGGGGAAGAAAAUGCAGUGCAGCUUUGGAGAAAGUAGUUGAGAGAAGGCAAAGGAGAAUGAUUAAGAACAGAGAGUCAGCUGCAAGAUCACGAGCUCGCAAGCAGGCCUAUACAUUGGAACUUGAAGCUGAAGUUGCAAAACUUAAAGAAAUGAACCAAGAAUUGCAGAAGAAACAGGAAGAAAUGAUGGAAAUGCAGAAAAAUCAGAUGUUAGAGACAAUGAGUCGACCGUGUAAAAGACACUGCUUGAGAAGAACGCUGACUGGUCCUUGGUAGAGUUGGAACUGCUGAUGGUACAAACUUUACUUAGAUACGCAAUCCUGGCCAGUGGUAUGGCACAAGGAUUGCGGGUGUGCAUCUAUUAUCUGUAUCUUAUACUGCAGAAGGGGUAGAUAGCUGUAUGAAUAGGAGCAAAGGGUUUUGAGUUGUAAAUUAUGAACUUAAUACUAUUAGCUCAACCGUGUAGAUUAGACUUUCUGGUUGGCUUGAUCUCUGUUUGCCUAUCAUGAUAUAACGUUGACAACAAAGGCAUGUAGGAAAGUCAGACGUAUUUCUCCUCUUAUGUUUUUACACUCCACCCACAGACUUGGUUAGUCUCUAACCUACCAUUAGAUUUGACUUUUUAAUUUAAGACAUCUCUUAUCUUUUUGCCUUGUUGUAACAGAUAAACUUAGGUCAUCGAAUCUGUUUAUUCAUUUGAUGUUGUGCUA